AUGUUGUUCAAUUUGUUAUUGAUGGUCUGUGGAAACCGGUCGGCUUGGUGGGCAAAGGUCGAGCAAAAGCUUCGACGAUUUGUGGGAAUGGACCAUUCUGACAGUUUUUCCGAAGCGUCUUAUAUGGACUUCAGUAGUGGCUCUUCUGGAUGGGUGUCGUAAGUUAUUCGAGGGAAAGCUCAAUUUUCUAGGGCCGAUAGUUCUUUUGAGGGCAGGGUAGAUGAAAAAGUUGAUGAAUAUAGAUUUUUAAACGCAAGGUGGUGUUUUUCUGAAAGAGUGUGUUUAUCGAGGCAGGAAGAAUUUAUUCAAGGCAGAAUGAAUUUUUCAAGGCAGGGUAGAUUUUUCAAAGUACGGUGCAACUUUAAAGGCAGUGUGAAUUUUUCAAGCUAAAGUUGAAUUUUUGAGGCGGGGUAAAUUUUUGAAACUAUGGGGUAAAUUUUCUAAUGCAGGGUGAAUUUUCAAGCCAGAGUUGAAUUUUCAAGGCAGGGUAGAUUUUUUAAGCAACGGGGUGGAUUUUUAAAAGCGAGUUACAUUUUUGAAAGCAAAGUCGAUUUUUCAAGGCAAGGUAACUUUUUCAACCUAUGGGGUCGUUUUAAGUAGGUUAGGGUAAGGUAGGGUAGGGUAGGGUAGGGUAGGGUAGGGUAGGGUAGGAUAGGGUAGGGUAGGGUAGAGUAGGGUAGGGUAGGGUAGGGUAGGGUAGGGUAGGGUAGGGUAGGGUAGGGUAGGGUAGGGUAGGGUAAAGUAGGGUAGGGUAGGGUAGGGUAGGGUAGGGUAGGGUAGGGUAGGGUAGGGUAGGGUAGGGUAGGGUAGGGUAGGGUAGGGUAGGGUAGCAUAGGGUAGGGUAGGGUAGAGUAGGGUAGGGUAGGCUAAUUUUAUUUUUUAAAUUUCAGAACUCUCUUUACUCGAACAACUUUGUCCGACUACAGUACUCCGACCGAUAAUACUACAGUAAGCGCUUCUGUAUGGGAGUCUUCUGAACAAUCUUUUGAGCCUUUUGAAUGUGAUUGUGAAGAAAGUAGUGUUGAAGCCUCGUCUUUGGGAACGGAAGAAAAGAAAAUUUACCAAAAUCUAACGGAGAGACUACAGGAAUUUGAGAGAGUCAAAAGAUUGGUGCAGAAUAUGGGGAAAUGCCUAAAAUAUCCAUAUAAUGUAAGUUUUGUCAGUUUGAAGGCUGUAAAGAAAGUUUCUGCCAUUUUAUGUUUUGUAAAGAAAGUUCUUGCCAUUUUUUGUUUUGUAUAGAAAGUUCUUGCCAUUUUUCGUUUUGUAAAGAAAGUUCUUGCCAUUUUUUGUUUUGUAUAGAAAGUUCUUGCCAUUUUUCGUUUUAAUAAGAAAGUUCUUGCCAUUUUUCGUUUUGUAAAGAAAGUUCUUGCCAUUUUUUGUUUUGUAUAGAAAGUUCUUGCCAUUUUUCGUUUUGUAAAGAAAGUUCUUGCCAUUUUUCGUUUUGUAAAGAAAGUUCUUGCCAUUUUUUAGCCCAGAAGACGUCGAAGCCUCCGCUACAGUAGGCCCGGGUACCCAACCAAAAAAAGACUCCAAAAUGCCUUCAGGACCUAUUUUUCGAAGCAACCGGCCAAGCCCUAUGAUAAGAGUGUCUACAAUCCAUACGGGAUAUUGUACUGGCCGGUGGAGAAAGAUUAG